GAGGGAUUUGCUGAGCCAGCCACUAGUGUUGCGGUAGAGCAAGUUACCUGUACUAACUUUACACAGACGUCUACCUCUUCCUGUUUACCAAGGAAGAGCGUGGAUAUUCAGAGAAUGGCGGCGAAUAUAUGAAUAUAUCACCAUCACGGCCCACUUUAUCAACGAGGAAUGGGAGCUCGUUAUGUAUGUUUUGCAAACCAGGGACAUGCCCGAGAGCCACACCGGAAACAACCUGGCAGAACAUCUGAGAAAGGCCAUCGCUGAGUGGGGAAUCGCAGAAAAGGAUCCGGUAAUCGUCACUGACAAUGCGUCAAAUAUGACAAUCGCGGCUGAGGAGGCAGAAUUCAAAUGUUAUGCUCAUACGCUAAAUCUAGCUGCACAACGUGCCCUCAAAAUCACAGCAGUUACACGCCUGCUGGGAAGGGUGAGACGCAUUGUGAGUUUCUUCAGACGGAGCACCACAGCCAACCACAUGCUGAAAGAGAAACAGAGGCUUUUACAACUACCAGAGCACAAGUUGAUGACGGAUGUAGUUACCAGAUGGAAUAGUGCACAUGACAUGCUGGAAAGAUUCCUGGAGCAACAACUGGCCAUCUGCGCAACCCUGCUCUCGAGUGAAGUCAGUAAGACCGAGAAAGAUCUGUGCACACUAACUGAGUCGGACGUGACAUUUGAUGUUUUGGAGAAGCCAUGGUACUACUACUGUAUGUUUACUUUCAUGGCAGCUAGACUUGCUACCUCAUGUUUUUUGUCAAGCUAAAAAGAUGUCAAAGAAACUGUUCAGAACAGGCCACUUGCACUUUAACUCUCCUUUGUUAAUUGCAAAUUGCAAUGUUGCACUUUAUUUACUUUUCAAAGGCUUGUAAGCUACAGUUUGCACUGUUUCAAUAAAUGGAAAAAUUUUUCUCAUCACAUCUUUAAUUAAUUUUGUCCAGCAUUUAUUUUGCAAGCUGUCUGAUGUUUAAGUUUAUUUCAAUUAAUUAAAUCCAAGUAAAUUAAACACUCCCAAAAUGUCACCAAAAUCACUUUGUCUCUUUUAAAUCUAUCAGAAAAUGAUGUAAGCGUAUCAAAUGAUAUAGAAUCGUAUCGAAUUAUAUCGAAUCGUAUCGAAUCGUAUCGUUGGCUAAAUAUCGUGAUAUAUAUCGUAUCGUGAGCUGAAUAUCGUGUAUCGUAUCGUAUCGUGAGAUUAGUGUAUCGCUACA